AUGUGGGAUCACAAUGUGAUCACCGACGCCCUCGACCGGCCCCGCAACAUCCAGUCCAAGGGAUCCAUCGGCGACAUCGUGACCGACACUGACAAGGCGGCCGAGGUUGCGGCGGUGGCGGUGAUCUCGGCGGCGUUCCCAGAUCACGCCAUCCUAGGGGAGGAGGGGGGCGUCAUCACCGGCAGUGUGCGGUCGGAGUACCUCUG